AAGCUGCGCGGGAAAGACGUCUGUUUGGGUGAAAGCGGGACUUGUUCACGAAAUAACUAAAACAUUUUUGUUCCGACUGUCGCAGCUUCGAUUGACGAGGUGCCAGGAUGAAGGUUGUAACCUGUGAGAUUGCCUGGCAUAAUAAGGAGCCGGUGUACAGUCUGGACCUCCAGCAGAGUGGUGAUGGAAAAACACAGCGUCUGGCCACUGCUGGAGUGGACACCACGGUCCGGAUGUGGCGUGUGGAUAAAGGGCCUGAUGGUAAAGCGGUCGUUGAGUUUUUGUCUAACCUGGCACGACACACCAAAGCAGUGAAUGUUGUGCGUUUCUCACCCACUGCUGAAGUGUUGGCUUCUGGUGGAGAUGAUGCGGCUAUCUUGCUUUGGAAACUGAAUGACAAUAAGGAGCCUGAACAAACUCCGACCUUUCAGGAAGAGGAAGAUGCUCAACUCAAUAAAGAGAGCUGGAGUGUGGUUAAGACUCUGAGGGGACACAUUGAGGAUGUAUAUGAUAUCUCAUGGACAAGUGAUGGGAAUUUCAUGGCUUCAGGCUCUGUGGACAACACUGCCAUCAUGUGGGACGUCAACAAGGGUCAGAAGAUGUGCAUCUUUAAUGACCAUAAGAGUUAUGUGCAAGGAGUAGCGUGGGACCCACUUGGACAGUACAUCAGCACAUUAAGCUGUGACAGGGUUAUGCGUGUGUACAGCGCUCACAACAGGAAAAAAGCUUACAGCAUCAGUAAGAUGACAUCAUCCGCUACUGCAGAUGGAGAGGUAAAGAACUAUAGAAUGUUCCAUGAUGACAGCAUGAGAUCGUUUUUCAGACGUCUCACUUUCACACCAGAUGGCUCAUUCCUCCUGGCGCCAGCUGGAUGUGUUGAGGCUGGAGAGAAUGUCACAAACACUACAUAUGUGUUCUCUAGAAAAAGCUUUAAGAGGCCCAUUGCUCAUCUGCCCUGUCCAUCUAAAGCAACCCUGGCUGUCCGCUGUAGUCCAGUCUACUUUGAACUGAGGACGAAGAGAGCUGAAGAUGGUUCUCUCAAGCCAGUGGCAAACACAUUUAAUUUGCCAUAUCGACUGGUGUUUGCAGUUGCAUCAGAAGACUCUAUCUUCUUUUACGACACACAACAGACACUUCCAUUCGGAUAUGUGUCCAACAUCCACUAUCACACUCUAAGUGAUCUCAGCUGGUCUCGUGAUGGCUCCUUCUUGGCAGUUUCAUCCACUGACGGUUACUGCUCCUUCAUAUCAUUUGAUGAGGGAGAGCUUGGCACCCCACUGAAGGAGAAACCACCACUGGAAAUGGUGACUCCAUCUUCCACCAAUGAGAAGAAGGGCAAGAAAGCCUCAGCCAAUGGCAGGACAGCCUCCCCAGUGCCUCGCCAGGCCAACACACCUGCUGCACAGGAAAAAGACAAAGAGGGAUCUGCUGGCCCUGUGUCCAAAAAAACCACCAGUGUUUCUGGUACAGAAGAGAAACGCACACCACAGGCACUGAAAACCAAAGCUCAGCCCAGAAGGAUCACACUCAACACUCUUGAAGGAUGGGGCAAACCCAGCGCCCCCAAAUCCCCAGCAGCUGCAUCCAGUACAGGCCCCAGCACACCCAAAUCUGCUCCCUCCACCCCUGGGUCCAUCAGAGCACCCCUAACACCCCAUACAGCCCCUAGCACUCCUCUCGGACCCCUCAACUCUAAAAGUGUCACAACACCAAAAGGACCCACUCCAAGACGGAUUUCACUGACUCCAGUUGUUUCAAAAUCCCCUGCUGCUUUCGUCCCCCCAUCAUCCACAGAGAAAGCCAAACACGAGAGACCGUCUCCUUCCAGUGACCCUGCAUGCAAACCUCCUGAAUCCAAGAGAUCCAAGACUGAUGUCCCAGAUGGUUCUGCCCAGAGCAGCAAGAAUAAAGAAGCCACCGAAAUCACUGUCAAACCCAAGGAACCAUAGACACUUCACAUGCUUCUUUCAACCUCUUUAUUAGCCCUCACAUCCUCAGCGAUGAAAUAUAAGGCGUUAAACUAAAUAGCUGCCUUCAAGGAUGUUUGGAGCCAGAUAAUAGACUUGUAUAACUCAUCUUCAUAUCUUCUUUCUUUUAUAUUGUAAAGAAAAGCAAAGCAUUUAAUUAUCUCCCAAAAACAACCUUUUCCUCAUCGCUUAAAUUCCUUUUUUAUUUUAUUGACAAGAAGGUUUUACUGUAAGGCCAACUAUUUGAAACUUCUUUACUAAAAAUAUUCAGAACGGCAAUGUUCUUAUCUUUGAAAUGCAAAAUGUUUAGAUAUAAUGGAUUCCCAUGUUUUUGUAAAGUUAACAGACCACAUACUGUUACUGUUAAAAUGAAAAUAAAUAGCAAGACAGAA